AUGAUUGACAAUUCAACACAACUCAACGCAAGUAUGGCCGCCGGUCACUUUACCUGCCACGAUUCGUCAAUUUUCCUCCAAGCCCCGAGUUCGCUCCACACAAACUACAUCAUAUCUGCCACCUUUAACAUCCUUUUCUCCUUCACGGCAUUUAUUGGUAACGCCAUUAUUCUCGUCGCGUUGAAGGAAGCAACCUCCAUAAAUCGUGCGUCGAAUUCUUUUCUCUGUUGUUUAGCCAUGUCUGACCUCAUGAUUGGUCUUAUCGCACAGCCAGUGCAUGUUAUUUACUGCAUAUAUGGCGUUAUUGGAGGCCCCCAAGUUCGAUGUUACUCUCGAACAAUUUUCCAGUACACCAGAGAUUACUUCAUCGCGAUAUCGUUUCUCACCAUUGUGGCUAUAACCUUGGAUCGUUAUCUCACGUUAUGUCAUCGUCACAAAUAUCGUUCCACAAUGACACCUGGAAAAACACGCGGCCUGAUCGCUUUUUUGUGGGCUGUAUGUCUCUGCUUUCCAUUAGGUCGACUGGUGAGCCCCUCGACUGCAAUGAUUCUGUCCUCUGCUGUAUUCAUCGCUUUUCUGGUCAUUCCAUCUUACUCCGUUUACAAGAUUUACCGGUUUCUUAAGCAGCAUAAGCUUCAAAUGACGUCCCAACUGCGGCUUCAUACCUUAGAAAACCACAAGAUGUCUGGUUUCAACGUUUCUCAGUUUCGAAAAUCAGUAACAACAAUGUUAUUUGUUUACUUCGCUCUGUUGCUGUGCUUUCUACCAUCUGUUGGGGUUACAGCUGCUUGGUUGACCUCAGAUCGAGAUCAGAAGCUCGCCCUGGUACCGAUUGGAAAUUUCUCACUUACAGUUUUAAUGUUUAAUUCAAGCCUCAACCCUUUUCUCUACUGUUGGCGAAUUCGAGAGGUUCGUAAAAAGACACACGGCUUGUUAAAAAAAGUAUUUUUCUGUUCAUCAGGAAGUCUUCGGGGCAGUUAUACCUUCGAUAAUUAG